GGAAAAUGCGGAAGUCGCCAUUUGACAAGUUUUAUAAAUGAGAAUUAUUUGAAGCUCAGGAAUAAGUGAAGCUGAAAUUUGAAAAAAAAGAAAGUGAAUGCAUGCUAAUUAUCAGACCAGAAGUCCCACUUGUAGAAUAUUGAGCAAUUUGUGUGAAGUGGGGAAGAUGAAAGAAGUCAGAAUUUGAAACGGAAGAAUGAAGAAAAGGAAUAAAAAUGAAGUUAAGAUAAGAAGUAAUCUGGAAUCUGAAAGCACUACGCUAAGUAAUUACUAGUCUGUUUAUGUGUCCCUGUAUAUUUUGCUAAACAUGCAUGCAUUAUCUGUUUAAUAGCAAAAGUAUAUGCAGGGUAAAGAAGUGUCUACCAGGGAAAGAAAAAAAAAAAACCUUAAAAAUCUAGGCAGUUCUAAUGCCAACUGCCCGGACACAUAGAUAUGAAUAUUUACGCUUUAUUUCACUGGAGCUUGUUUACAGCCCUUAGGCAAAGGAGAAAUUUGUGUACAAAUUAGGCUUUCAAUAUCUGCGUGCAGGAAUCCCGUUCUGCUUCCAGAAGCGGAAGUGCUCAUGGGUCUGGCAAGUCGGGGAGACACACCCCUGCAAGAUCUCGCUCUAAGGAAGAUUCCAGGCGCUCCCGGUCAAAAUCUAGAUCCAGGUCUGAAUCCAGAUCUAGAUCAAGGAGGAGUUCCCGUAGACACUACACAAGGUCCCGCUCCCGUUCCCGCUCUCACAGGAGAUCCAGAAGUAGGUCCUACAGUCGGGAUUAUCGGCGGCGACACAGUCACAGCCACUCCCCCAUGUCUACCCGCAGGCGUCACAUUGGGAACAGGGCAAAUCCUGACCCAAAUUGUUGUCUUGGCGUGUUUGGAUUGAGUCUGUACACCACAGAAAGAGAUCUGAGAGAAGUUUUCUCCAAGUAUGGUCCAAUUGCUGAUGUCUCCAUUGUCUAUGACCAGCAGUCCCGGCGUUCCAGGGGAUUUGCGUUCGUGUACUUCGAAAACGUGGAGGAUGCAAAGGAAGCAAAGGAACGUGCCAAUGGAAUGGAGCUGGAUGGAAGAAGGAUCCGGGUGGACUUUUCCAUAACAAAAAGACCUCACACACCUACCCCUGGAAUCUAUAUGGGAAGACCCACUUAUGGCAGCUCACGACGACGAGAUUACUACGACAGGGGGUAUGACAGAGGGUACGAUGAUCGUGACUAUUACAGCAGAUCGUACAGAGGAGGCGGUGGAGGAGGAGGAGGAGGAUGGAGAGCUGUUCAAGACAGGGAUCAGUUUUACAGGAGGAGGUCACCAUCCCCCUACUACAGCCGAGGGGGCUACAGAUCCCGCUCCAGAUCUCGAUCCUACUCACCUCGUCGUUAUUGAAGCAUGACAUGUAGAGGAGUUUCUAGCUACAGCCUUUGAGUUGAAAAUUGCAAGUUGGUGGACAAUAUUUUUAUUGUCUCUUCUGUUGAAACAAGUGAACAGUGCCUAGUGAAUAGGUGACUUUUACACCUUUUAUGAAGACUACUUCUGUGAUGUUAAAUUCUGUUUCAUUCUGCAUAUUUGUGUAGUUUGGUGCUUUGUUUCAAGUUGUGUUUUGAGAGGAGUAUGUUUUGCAUGUUAUUUUUUUAGUCUCAAUUUUGACUCCUGAAAGGUUUCUAUUGUAAAGACAAACUGUUCAGUUAGUUUUUUUCUACUGAUUCCAAGGUAUUCUGAAGAUUACAACCUGUGUGAAAUGCUUUCAAAAAAGUAAAAAAAAAAAUAAAAUAAAAAGAAGUU